AUGCCGCCCCUUGACUCAACCUCGACAUCCCUUCACGCUCUCAGCGUCAAAAACCCACGCUUCUCAGUCCACCCCCUUUUCUGGACUGAGCGCCAUCUCUUGUUCGUGAAAUGCGUUUUCCAAGAACGCUUCGACGAACACAGAGAGGUGACGGCUCGUAAGGACCAUCAUGAGCACCUGACAGCAUGCGCAAAGGACCUCGCGACUGAUCCUUGCGCUGUGCUCAAGCGUUGUUGGGUAGAGGACUUGCUCACCAGACCUGGUGGCCACCUAGCAUACGACAACCACAUGGUUGACUUCUUCUAUGCGAAACGAAGAGUUCUCAAUAUUUGGUGCGACGUCUUUCGUCCCGCAGAGAACAUCACUCUGCCUGACACUCCUAUCGGGUUUUACAGGUACGACGCUGAUCAAAAGCGUCGCAAGAAGCUUCAUGUGAGACCUUCCCAUGAUAACCGCCCAAACGAUCCCGUCAAGCGCCUCUUUGAACGCAAGUUCCAAAGUGUAACGCCUGAAGACUGGCGCAACGAUCCGUUCAUUGUCUGUAUCCUAAUCAGUCUGGCUCAGCGACUGGUUCGAAAGAAGCAGCUUGCAAAGGUGUAUUUUACACGACUUCUCGUUACAAACAUGUCCGACAAAACACACGCCUAUAUCUACAAGGCCGACUUUCCGCACCAACUUCUGGAGUGUUUCGACCGACCGGCGCGUCCUAUGGAUGAUGUGGUUUUCCCCACUAUCGACUAUACCGCGGUCAGGUUCCAGCCAUACGCAACCUUUUCGGAACGACUUGAAAUACACUUGCUCGGCGCUGGAGAUGCGAGUUCUGUGGCGGUGGCAUCGAGUUCCAAGGAGUAG